AUGGAGACAAUUCGUGACUCCGCGUUUGGCAAGCUGGUUCGCCUGUUGACGAAUUCGCGAUUUCUUCAAUACCCAGAAGAGAUAGACCACACUACUUGUCAGCAGUGUCGAAAAGCACCACCGCAAGCCAAAGAUGAAGAGGCACCGCCUCCAUCUGUGGAGAGUUCAGAGGAAGAUGAGACUUGGGGCUUAUACAGUGUCAUGUCGCAGGCUUCCCGAGUGACUCGGCGUAAUUCUUGGCAGCCGACUCGCGAUGGAAGUGAGUGUGGCCUUCGACCAGGAACCGGAUUGGGAGAAGGUGCUAUUGUUGUGGAUUGGCGAGGAGCAAACGAUAGCGAGAAUCCUCAAAACUGGAGUACCAUGAAGAAGUUCCUUGUCAGCUGUGAGAUAUGGCUACUCACCUUUGCCAUUUAUAUCGGCUCUGCCAUCUACACUCCGGGUAUCCCUGGCAUUUCGGAGCAGUUUGGAGUGAGCAACGUAGCGGCCGUCCUUGGGCUCACUCUUUUUGUUCUCGGGUAUGGUCUUGGCCCGAUGGUCUGGUCACCCUUGUCAGAACUGCCUAAUAUUGGCCGAAGCCCAACCUAUGUCCUCACCCUGGUUGUUUUUGUUUUCUUCCAGUUUGCUGUCAUCUACGCCAAGAACUUUGGGAUGCUUCUUGCAUUUCGAUUCCUUACGGGCUUUAUUGGCUCCCCUUGUCUUGCGACGGGGGCUGCAUCCAUGGGUGAUAUUUGGAACCCUAUCCUACAGGCGGCAUGGAGUCCUUGA